AUGUUCACCGCUGCUGUGCCUCCCCCUCAAUCUCUUCGUCCCCCCACAUCCUCAGUGGAACUUUCAUUGAGUGCGAAGAACCUCAAAGACCGUGACAUUCUCUCAAAAUCCGAUCCAUUUGCCGUGCUCUACGUAAAAAAUGGUACUAGCUGGACCAAGUUGGGCAAGACGGAAGCCAAGAAGGAUGAUCUAAAUCCGACAUGGACCAAGCUUUUCAGUUUGGAAUUCCACUUUGAGUCCGUUCAGCAACUCAAGGUCGAGGUCUACGAUCAGGAUAGCUCGUCCCCUGGAAAGCUCAAGGAACAGGACUUUAUUGGAAAGGCAGAGUUUACUCUAGGCCAAUUGAUGGGGGCUCCAGGCCAGAGUGGGUCUUUCGUGCUCACUCGGGGAAAACCCACGGCCAAGCACCAAGGCUCACUUCUGGUAAAAGCCGAGGAGGUCAAAGCUUCGAGCGAGGCGGCACGACUCCGUUUCACUGCUACAGGUCUGGCCAAUAUGGAUGGGAUCUUCAGCAAGAGUGACCCGUUUCUUGUGAUCAGUCGUCUGCGAGAAGAUGGAUCCUACACGCAAGUGCAUAGGACCGAGACCAUUGACAACAACUUGAAUCCGAAUUGGAAACGCUUCGAACUGCCGCUACAACAGCUGUGCAAUGGCGACUACAAGCGUCCUCUGAGUCUGCAGGUGUUUGACGAGGACCGUGGUGGCAAAUCAGAGCUUAUUGGACAAGUGCAAACGACUCUGGAAGAGAUUCGAGGGAAGCAAGGGUCUAGCUUUGUGCUGCACAAUGAGGCGCUGCAGAAGAAGAAAGGCAAGAAGUACACAAAUGCUGGACUGCUUGUGGCUGCGGAGGUGGAGAUCUACAGAGAGCACACUUUCAUCGACUACCUUCGUGGUGGUUUGGAGAUGAACCUGAUUAUUGGUAUCGACUACACGGCAUCAAAUGGCCCACCCAAUGAUCCUCGCAGCCUUCACUUUCUCGAUCCUCGCGGACCGAAUCAGUACCAACAUGCGAUCUCAUCGACGGUUUCUAUUUUGCAAGAGUAUGAUGCAGAUAAGCAAUUUCCGGUGUAUGGAUUUGGUGGGAUUCCUCCCGGGGCUCAUGACGUCGAUCACUGCUUUCCACUGAAUUUGAACCCGUCGAACCCCGAGGUUGCGGGUUCUCAUGGAGUACUUCAGCUCUACACGUCAUCUCUCGGGCACAUUCGCCUCCAUGGACCAACGUUCUUUGCCCCCCUCAUUAAUCAGUCCUUGCGAAUCGCGGGUCAAUUGGGUGACCCUCGCAAGCAGAAAUACUUUGUUCUGCUUAUUAUCACGGAUGGUGCGAUUAUGGACAUGCAGAAAACGAUUGAUGCGCUGGUUGAGGCGUCCCACGUAUCACCGCUAUCGAUCGUUAUAAUUGGAGUGGGUCCCGCUGACUUUUCGUCCAUGGUAGCUCUUGACGGAGAUGGAGGGAAGUUGCGUGCCAGUAAUGGGCGAGUGUCUGCACGCGAUAUCGUCCAGUUCGUUCCAUAUAACCGCUUUGCAGGGUACCCAGACGCAUUGGCGAGAGAGACGCUUGCAGAGAUUCCCCAUCAGCUGUGCCAGUUCAUGAAAUCUCUUUGCCUGCACAACAGCAGCAUCUUGCGCAAGGUGAACACGCGCCGAAAGGAUAUCACACUCAAGUACCACCUCAAGGACAUCAACAAGGAGGCCAUCCUCCGCAGCAAGAUCACACCUCUCAAGGAACUUCCUACGGAGGCUAUCCAUCCCAAGGCUACCCUGCCCAAGGCCACACCGCUCAAGGGCCUUCCCAGGGAUAUCAGAACCAAGGAGGGUAUCCUUCUCAAGGCUAUCCUUCUCAAGGCUAUCCCGCCCAAGGCCCGCCACAAGGCUACUCUGCUCAAGGCUGCUCCGUCCAAGGCCCGCCACAAGGCUACCCAGCCCAAGGCUACCCCACCCAAGGUCCGCCACAAGGAUAUCAGCAAGGAGGUCAGCCUUCCCAGCAGGGCUAUUCUGCCAAGGGCCCUCCCCGUGGAGCUGCUCCAGGAUAUCCAGGCUACCGUGGCUGACUAA